AUGAGUUUGCUCAGAAGUGAUUAAAUGGGAUAUUAUAAUAUAGUAAUGCCAAGAGAAAGUGCUUGGGAAAUUCUAAAUGAAUUAGGUUAGCUAUCAACAGUAUAAUUUAUAGACUAACAUCCAUCAGAAAGCUUAUUUUAACGUGCUUUUUCUAAAGAUGUGAAAAGAACAGAAGAUAUAUAUGCUUAAAUAUAAGCAAUGGAAAUUGAAAUGUAAAAAUACUAAAAGCGAGUUGUUAAAUGUUCAGAUAUAAAACAAUAUUUUGAUAAUUUAAGAGUCUAUCUUAAUUCAAGAGGAAAAGCAGAACAUACAUACAUAAAUGAUGUUGAAGAAGAGGUUUCUCUAAAGUAUGGACAAUUUAAUGAAUAGUAAUUUAAUUAUGAUAGUCUUAUUGCAAGAUACUAAAGCUUAGUUGAAUACAGAUCUGUACUUAGAAAAUGUAAAGAAAUUCUUGGUGAUUAAAUUUACUUUAGGGCUAAAAACAUAUCAACAAAUCCAACUAAUCUACAAGAUAUAACUAACUAAGCAAGUAUCUAAUAAAAUGAAGAAUCAUAAGAUUUUUAAGAUGGAAGUUUAACUUAUUUGGCUGGUGCAAUAGAUGCUUAGGAUGUUUUGAGAUUUAAGAAAGUGAUAUUUAGAGCAACUAAAGGAAAUAAUUGGACUUUUACAAGUGAUAUUUUACAUGAAGCUGUGUAUAAGGGUGGAUCAUUUAAUAUGAUAAGAUAAAAAUUAAACAGAAUAUGUGAUUCAUUCAAUGCAUCAAAGUAUUCAUUGCCAUAAGAUGGUAAUGGUUACUCAAUGAAAUUAUUAGAAAUUGAAAAUUAUAUAACAGAUACAAGAAAUGUAAUUAUAUUUUUAAUUUAACUAAAAAAAAUAAAAAAAAAGUUAAUAACUAUGACUCGUUAAGCAAUCAACUCAAUUUUAGAUGAUUGGGUUUUAAUGAGACCAGGAUGCAAUUAUUCAUAUAUAGAAGAACUUAGACUAUUUGUUCUAAAAGAGAAACUUUUAUAUCAUAACUUUAACUUAUUGACAUAAAAAUAUACUAUUUUUUCUGGAUAUUUUUGGUGCCCUAAAUAAUAGGAUUCAGUAAUUUAUAAUGCUUUAGAAUAAUUAAGAAUUAGAAAACCAAAUAUAGCUGGAGGAUAAGUAUAAGAAGUAAAAAUACCUGAAGAUUUAGGACCUCCAACUCAUUUUAGAACAAACGAUUUUACUGCUCCUUUUUAAGAAAUUGUAAAUACUUAUGGUAUUCCAAGAUAUAGAGAAGUUAAUCCUGGACUGUUUUGUGUUAGUAUGUUCCCUCUUAAGUUUGGUAUUAUGUUUGGAGAUAUAGGUCAUGGUGGUGCUCUUUUAGCUUUUGGAGCUUUUUUGAUUCAUAAAGGUAAAGAUUUAUUAAGAACUCCUCUUGAAGGAUUUUAUUCUAUUAGAUAUUUGUUAGCUUUAAUGGGUUUCUUUGCAUUUUAUUGUGGUAUUAUUUAUAAUGAUUUCCUUUCUUUGCCUAUUAAUUUAUUCGGAACUUGCUAUAAAAAUGUUGGAGAAGCUGAAACUGAAUAAAUUGAAGGAUGCGUUUAUCCAGUUGGAUUCGAUCCAAAAUGGUAUAUCGCUAAUAAUGAGUUAAACUUCUUUAAUUCUUAUAAAAUGAAACUUGCUGUUACUUUUGGAGUUGCCUAAAUGGUGUGGGGUAUUUUUUUAAAAGGCGUAAAUUGUGUACAUUUCGGAUUGUGGGUGGAUCUUAUUUUUGAAUAAUUACCAUAAAUGGUAUUUAUGUUUUCUACAUUUGGUAUUUUUUUAUAUUUCUAAUUUUUUAAAAUAAAAAUAAAAGGCUAUAUGUGUUUUAUGUUUAUAUUUAAAUGGACUAUUCAUUACUAAGAAGGCUAUAUGGCUCCUUCUAUUAUUAAUUAAAUGAUAAAUCUUCCUUUAAAAUUAGGUAAGGUAUCUUAAACUGGAGGUUAAGACACUCCUUUAUUUCAAAAUAUUGAAUUUUAAGAAAAACUCUAGUAUAAUUUGUUAAUUAUUUCUGUUUGUUGUGUUCCUAUAAUGCUUUUAGUGAAGCCUUUAGUAUUUUUGUGCAAGCCUAAAAAAAAAAGCGAAGCAAAAUCUUAACAAGAAUAAUAAUUAUUAAACAAAGAAGAUUAAGAUGAACAUAAACAUGUAGAAUCUCAUGCAGCAGCAGGACAUGGACAUAGUGAUGAUUUUGGAGAAAUUUUCGUUCAUUAAAUUAUUGAAACUAUAGAAUUCGUUUUAGGUUCCAUUUCUAAUACUGCUUCUUAUCUCCGUCUUUGGGCUCUUAGUUUAGCACAUAGUUAACUUGCGAAAGUCUUCUUUGAAAAAACUAUUGGUGGAGGAAUUGCCGGAGGAAGCGCUUUAUAAGUAAUUAUUGGAUGGUUUAUUUUCUUAAAUAUUAGUAUUGCUGUACUUAUGUGUAUGGACUUGAUGGAAUGUUUCCUUCAUGCUUUACGUUUAUAAUGGGUUGAAUUUUAAAAUAAAUUUUUUAAAGCUGAUGGAUAUAAAUUUAUUCCAUUUAGUUUUUACUAAGUUUUGUUAGAUUCAUAAAAUGAAUAACAAUGA